GGAGCCGGAAGUCACUCUAUCCCCCGUCCUCUAUGGCAGUCCGCGUUGGGCUUCCGCCGGAAGCGUCCCUCAGGGUGAAGCGGAGGGGGGAAGAGGUCUUUCGGGACUCCUCGCCCUGAGCCAUGGCGCCCGAGGAAGCGAUGCCGGAGCCUUCGCUUCCCGGAGCGCCUGCCUUGUCCCGCUCCUCGCUCCGGGUGUCCUUCGAGGAGGUGGCCGUGCGCUUCAGCCCGGGCGAGUGGGACCUCCUGGGCCCGUGGCAGAGGGCUCUAUACAAGGAGGUCACGCUGGAGAACUACGCAAAUGUUCUCUCUCUGGGAGGAAGCAGCUCCCCGGACCCCUCGGAUCCUGCCUGGAGAGGAGAACCGGGGCAGUUCGAAGAAGUCCUGCGCUCCCUCCAGGUGGUAGUAAAGGAGGAGGAGGAUGAAGAGGCAGGCCAGGCUCUGUGUUCGGUCGAAGAGAGGCAGCCGCAGAAGGAAAACGGCAACGGGGAGGCCAGAAGUUUGGCAGGUGAUCAUAUGCACGAAGGAGGACCUUGUGCGAUGCUGCCAGCGGGACAUGAGCCCAGAGAGGCGAAUGGGAACAUUGCGCACAGAACCCAGAAGACGGGAGAGAGACCCUUUCGGUGCAGCCUGUGUGAGAAAAGCUUCAAAUCCAAGUCAAACCUUACGGAGCACCAGAGAGUGCACACAGGAGAGGCCCCCUAUAAGUGCGAGCUGUGUGGGAAAAGCUUCAAGCGCAAUUCUGCCCUUACGGACCACCGGAGAAUUCACACGGGGGAGACCCCUUAUAAAUGUGAGCGGUGUGAAAAAAGCUUCAUGCGCAAGUCAAGCCUUACCGUACACCAGGUGACCCACACCGCGGAGAGACCGUACGUGUGCCAAGUGUGCGGGAAAGGGUUCUGUUACAAGGCAAAGCUUAUCGAACAUGAAAGAACCCACACUGGAGAAAGGCCGUAUAAAUGCUCAGAAUGUGGGCAGAGCUUCAAUUACAGCACCAGCCUUCAGGCACACCAGAGAACCCACACAGGGGAGAGGCCGUACAGGUGCUCAGACUGUGGCAAGAGGUAUACUUCUCAUUCCAACCUUAGUGUGCAUCGGAGAAUCCACACUAAAGAGAAGCCUUUUAAAUGUUCAGAAUGCGGGCAGAGCUUCUAUUACAGAAACAGCCUUAAAGUGCAUUGGAAAAGCCACACAAGGGAGAGGCCACACAAGUGCUCAGACUGUGAUAGGAGGUAUACUUCUCUGUCGGGCCUUGUUAAACAUCGAAAAAUCCACGCUGAAGGGAGGCCUUACAAAUGUGAACAGAGCUUCCAGCUUAGCACACAGCUUACUGCACAACAGAGAAGCCACACAGGAGAGAAGUUGCACAAGUGCUCAGACUGUGGUAGAGGGUAUAGUUCUCAAUCAAACCUUGUUAGACAUCAACUUGUUCACACUAACAAAAGGACUUUUAAAUGCUCGGAAUGUGAGCAGGGCUUCCAGUUCAGCACACAGCUUAUUGCACACCAGAGAACCCAUGAAGUGGUGAGGACAUAAGAAUGCUUGGCCUGCGACAAGGGUUCUGCUUCUCCUUUCAAUCUUUUUUUAAAAAAAAUCCUUUCAAUCUUUUUAAUCGUAAAAGAAUGCACAUUGAAGAGAGACCUUACAAAUGCUCAAAAUGCGAAGCCAGGCCUUGGGCGGACCAACAUUCAAUGUCCUCCUAAAUGUGUUGUGGGAGGGUGGGGGCUUCUUGGUCUGCUUCUGCUUUUAUUUUAUGUAUUUCGUGCUCUUAUUCUGUAUUUUAAUGUUGUGAACCGCCCUCUGAUCUUCAGAUGAAGUGCAGUAUAAUAAAUAAAUAAAUAAAUAAAUAAAGUAAAUGUAAUUCAUAGGUCUGAAGGAGGCCCUCUCUUGCCUGCCUCUUUCCCUCCAUAGGGAGCCCCCUGCUUCAGAGAGGAGCAGCAAGUUGCCAAGACACUUUUAUUUUUAACAAAGCUUUUGAAAUAACUGAAGGUAUUUCAAAAAGGCAAGAAAGAGCAAAAUGCUGCAACCCAAAUGCUUUUUCCUUCCACCCCGCAUUUAUUAUUGUUAGUAUAUAUUUAUUUAUACUCACGAUGGCUUACAGAUAAAAAAUAAGAACAGCUAAAAGCCUAAAGGGGAGAGCCAGUCAGUAAGAAAACAAUUGAACAUUAAUAGAAUUAAAACAUUUUAUAGAGACAUCAACAUGGCACCAUUCUCCUCAUUACAAGCAGUCAUUCCCCAAAAGCCUGUUGGAAUAAGAUCUUGGCAGCAAGGAGGGAGCCAGCCUGGCUUCUCUAGGAAGGGAAUUUCAAAGUCUAGGCCAGUGGUUCCCAACAGUUGGUCCGAGGACCCCCAGGGGUCCGCGAGCUAUGCUAGAGGGGUCCGCAAGAUGCUAUUAGAAUAAAAAAUAUAUUUAAAAAUAUAUUAAAUAUAUUUCGUAUGAUAACAGAUUUUUUGUUUUGGCCGCUUCCUGCAUGAGCAGAGUCUAGCGCAAAACUAGAAUUAGAUAGAGGCAGUAGUUCUGCUGUAUGCCGUUAGGUGGCGCUUUACAAACACUACUGUUUUGCAAAGAGGCAGCGCGCGCAUUCUACUAACGCUCACCUCCCCAAGAUGCUUUGCGUGCAUCUGCUCCAUUUGUGCGCUACUGCGCAGAUACCCUGUCUUCUCCAUUCCCCUCCCUCCUCCCUGGUGCGCGCUCACUUUUUAAUUUUAGGAUUAGGAAUUAAUGGGGGUCCUUGUCACAAUACCGGCUCGAUGAGGGGUCCUCGAGAAAAUUUUGUUGGGAACCCCUGGUCUAGGCACUUACCUCAAAAAGCACUUGCCUCAGUUCUGAAACUCCAUCUGAGACCAAGUCUGUUUGCUCUGCAUGCAGUGUGCUCUCAUCGGUGGUUUGGGAAACACUGUGCACAUAUUAGCCACAAUCCAUAUCUAUCAUGUUUCUUACGAAAUACUGCAUUUUGAUUUCACCCCCAACCAGCUUCAAUCCAAACUGAGAAAAUGACCUAGCCUGCAUUUUUUGCCAGUAAUGUACACAGUUGUAAUCUAAUCCCUGAUUUUAAGGACUCUUCUACGACUUUCCCAAUUGCCAUUAUGCAAUCUAUGGUGUGACUGCUGGAAUACCACGUACAGUUCUGGUCGCCUCCCCUCAAAAAGGGCAUUGUAGAGGUGGAAAAGGUUUUAGAAAAGGGCAGCCAAAAUGGCCAAGGGUGAUGGAGAGGCUUCCCCUAUGAGGAAAGGUUGCCGUAUUGGGGACUUUUUAGUUUAGAGAAAAGGCGAGCAGG